AUGCCCAUCAACGGCACCGGCCGCAAUGCCAACAGGCGCCUUCCAUCAUGGCUCACCUCAUCUCCUUUACCAUCUUCGGAUUCGCAGAAAGAGCGUCGCCGACCAAACGAUGACCUAAUUAGCGAUCCUGCCUCCGACACCCUCAUCGACUUCAAUUCGAACCAAGGCUUCUACGAAGCGGCGAAGAAGCCCAAGAAGGCCAAGGCUCCUGCCGCUCCUCCACCACCACCGCCGCCCCCUGCUGCACCCCCAGCAGAUGAUGGGCAGAAGGACGAUAACACUGGAGGCGAUGGAGGAGCAAGCGGAGGCAGUGCUGCGGGCGGCGCUGGUGAUGGCAAUGGCAAUGGCGGAGGAGGCGCACCACAGAAACCACCCACGACUUUCGACAAUAUUAGCCUUGGGGGAAGCAAGCUAGAUCUUGGCCUCAGUCCUCCCGAGGGUAAGAGCAUAUCUAGCUGGGGUGCGAAACUCGGGUUUGGAGGUGGUGGAUGGGGCUGGGGAGGAGGGGCGAAGAACGAGCCAGCACCAGCACCAGCACCGCCGCCACCGCCAGAACCAAAGGACGAAGAAAAUCCUUGGGACAAGCCGAAAGACCAGCCAGGUGGUUUAGGGAUGAAAGAUGACGACGAUGCUUGGGGAUUCGGAACCAAGAAGGACAAGAAACAAUCGACACUUUGGGGAGCCGAGCCCGACGAGGGACCAAAAGAUGGCGACGACCCUUGGGGUUGGGGCGGCCAGAAGAAAAAGGGGAAACCAGGUGGCAUCUUGGAAGAACUUGCCCUUGACCCCGAACCUGCGCCUCCACCCGGCAGCAAGAAGGAUAUAUGGGAUACUUGGGGUAUAUCCAAGAAGGAUCGGGCCAAGAAGAAAGGGAUCAUGGAGGAAGUCGCUUUGGCAGCUGCACCCGAUCCCCCAUCAAUGGAUGAUCAAUGGGGUGGCUGGUCUGGCAAGAAGGACAAUCCGCCACAGAGUUCCCUUUGGGGCGCACAAGACCCGAUACCGGCAGCUCCUGACCCUCCUUCAUUCGAAGACAAGGACGGCGAUGACUUUUGGAGUACUUUCGGCUCAGGGAAGCCAAAGCCCGCCGAGGAGAACCCACCGGGAUGGGGUUCGUGGGGAGUUGAGCCGCCUAAGAUAGAAGACGACGGUUGGGAUCUGUGGGGAACAGGUAAGAAAAAGAAGAAAGCUGGCGACUUGAUUCAAUUAGAAGAUGAGAUUCCUCCUCCAGCCCCGGAUCCCGUCGAGGCUGUUGGCACCGACGACUUCCUCGAUUCUUGGGGUUUUGACAAAAAACCUAAGAAACCGGCCGCCGAUCCGUUCGAUUUUAAAACUUCCGGCGCCCAUGAUCCUAACGAUGCUUUUUGGGGUUCAAUAGACAACCAGAGGCCUAGCGCAAACGACUUUCUCAUCGACACUACCGACCCGGAGCAAGCUGCCAGAGAAGCCGAGGAGCAAGCUGCUCGUGAAGCGGAGGACGCCGAGGCCGCACGCGAAGAUGAAGAGAUUGCGAGCCUUAUGGAUAAGAGGGCGAAAAGAGGAGGAAGACUUCUUAAGUCGGAUCGUGAGCGACUUACUUUACUUGAAGGCAAUGCUGCCAGGAGAGCUGAAGUCAGAGCAGCCCGCGAAGCUGAAGCGGCAGCGGCAGCCGAGGCCGCGCAAGCAGCAGCAGAUGCUCAAGCAGCGGCUGAUGCCGAAGCAGCCGCUCUGCAAGCUGCAGCAGACGCCGAGGCAGCCAAAGAGAACGAAGAGAUCGAGCAACUCUUGGCAAAAAAGCAGAAACGAGGUGGAAAGCUGCUUAGAAAAGACCAAGAGCGCCUUACUGUUCUUGAAGGAAAUGCUUCUCGAAGAGCUGAAGCUCAAGCCGCUCGUGAGGCUGAAGCUGCUGCUGCCGCCGCUGAAGUUGACAUAAUUGAAGAAAUUCCUCUUGAUGAGCCACCUCCAGAAGCUCCAGAGGAAGACGCUGCGGCUCAAGCAGCUGCGGAGGCUGAAGCAGCAUUCGCCGCUGAAGUUGCGCAGGAAGAGGCGGAGAUGGAGAGUCUGAAAUCAAAGAAGGCCAAGAAAGGCAAGCUACUGAAGAAGGAGCAAGAACGACUCAACAUUCUCAUCGAUAACGCGACAAAGAGAGCGGAGGACGCAAUAGCUAAAGAGGCAGACGAGCAAGCAGCCAAGGACGCCGCUGAUGCUGCUGCCGCCGCUGCCGCAGAAGCUGCCGAGGCAGAAGCUGCAGCCCAAGCCGCCGCCGAAGCCGAGGCCGCAGCUCAAGCUGCAGCAGACGCUGAGGCUGAAGAAGCAGCCAAGGAAGAGGAGGAAAUGGCUGCUUUGAAAGCCAAGAAGGCCAAAAAGGUAAAGCUUACCAAGGCUGAAACUACUCGCCUGAUGACCUUGGUCGGAAAUUCAGUCAAACGAGCUCAGGUAAAAACUGCCAAAGAGGCUGAGGAAGCUGCUGCCGCGCAAGCAGCUAAGGAAGCCGAAGAGUCUGCAGCUCGUGAAGUCGAGGAGAAAGCUGCCCGUGAAGCUGAAGACGCAGCUGCCCGUGAGGCAGAGGCGGCGCUUGCUGCUGAGGAAGAUAAGGAGCUUGCUGCCUUGGAUGCUUUGAAAAAGAAGCGAGGCGGCAACCUUAUCAAGAAGAAGGACGUAGAACGCUACAACGUCCUUACCUUGAGAGCCAAAGAACGAGCAGCCAAAAAAGCCGAAGCCGCCCCGACAGAAGCAACUCCCGAACUUCCAGAUGAACCAACUGAAUCGGUCCCUGAGCCAGUCCCAGAAGCUCCACCAGCGGACGCCGAUCCAGAACUCGUCGUACCAGAGCCAGUGCCAGGACCCGAUGCCGCCAUUAUCGCAGAGGAAGAGGCGGAGCUAGCUAGUCUGGAGGCAAAGAAGGCGAAAAAGGGCAAGCUUGGCAAGAAGGAUACAGAUCGUUAUAACCUUCUUAACGAAAACGCUGCCCAGCGACAGGCUGCUAAAGAAGCAGAAGAGACAGCUGCGCGGGAUGCUGCUGAAGCUGCUGCAGCGGAAGAGGCGGCAGCAGCAGAAACUGCUGGAGCUGAUGCCGUAACAGCAAGCGAAGCUGAAGCCAUCCUUAUUGCAGACGAAGAGGCAGAGCUAGCGAUGCUUACCGCGAAGAAAGCCAAGAAAGGGAAGCUUGUAAAGAAGGAUCUGGAACGGUUUGAUAUCCUAACAGAGAACGCUGCGCAACGACAAGCUUCUAAAGACGCUGAGGAGGCUGCCGCUGCCGCCGCCGCCGAAGCUGAGGCACAGGCCGAGAAGGAUGCGGAAGAAGCUGCUGCAGCAGAGGCUGCCGAAGCCGAGGCUACCGCAGCCCGUGAAGCUGAGGCUGCUGCUAUUGCUGAGGAGGAAGCUGAAUUGAGUGCACUGGCGGCUAAGAAAGCCAAGAAGGGCAAACUUAUCAAGAAGGAUGCUGAACGCUUUGCAAUCUUAACCGAGAAUGCAGAUAGAAGAGCCCAGGAAGCAGCGAUGGCUGUUGAACAGCCUGACGACCCAGCGCCACCAGCCGAAGUGGACGUUGAGGAGCCUGCCCCAGAACCACCAGUUGAGGAGGAACUUGUUGAAAUUGACGACCCUGAUGCAAAUGCAGCCAACGAAGCGGAAGCUGCUGCUAUUGCUGAAGAGGAAGCCGAAAUGGCUGCUUUGGUUGCUAAGAAGGAGAGGAAAGGCAAGCUCGGAAAGAAGGAUACUGAUCGCUUUAAUCUUCUUACUGCCAACGCAGCCAGCCGCGCAGACAAAGCAGCCGAGGAGGAAGCAGCAGCAGCCGCCGCCGCCGCUGCUGCUGAAGAAGAAGCUGCUGCUGCCGAGGCCGCCGCUAUAGAAGAGGCCGCCGCUCGAGAGGCUGCAGAAGCUGCAGAAGCAGAGGCUGCAGUUAUUGCCGAAGAGGAAGCCGAGUUAGCUGCUUUAACCGCCAAAAAGAACAAGAAAGGCAAGCUUGGCAAGAAGGAUAAUGAUAGAUUCGCGAUCCUUACCGAGAACGCAACCCAAAGGGCAGAGAAAGCUGCUGCAGCUGCUGCAGCAGAAGUCGAACCUGAACCCGAGCCUGAGCCUGAACCCGAACCCGAACCCGAACCUGAGGAGGUCCCCCCUGAAGUCGAAGAUCCCCCCAUUGAUGACUUCGAUGAUGCCGCUGCUUCUGAAGCUGGCGAUGAAGAAGCUGCCAUUGCUGCUGAGGCCGCCGCCAUUGCUGCUACUAUCGCUGCUGAAGAGGAAGAAGAGCUAGAAGCUUUGAUUGCAAAGAAAACCAAGAAGGGCAAGCUAGGCAAAAAGGACAGUGAUCGACUUGCUGUCCUUACUGAAAAUGCUGCCCAAAGAGCUGAAAAGGCUGCUCAAGAAGAAGCUGCUGCCUUGGCCGAGCCCGAAAUUGUUGACGACGCCCUGGUAGACAUCGAAGAUCCAACGCCCGAAGACGCCCCAGAAGAACCACCAGAGGAGGAAGUCGCUCCUGAAGAAGAAGAUGCUGCCGCCGCUGAGGCUGCCGCAUUGAUCGCUGCCGAAGAACAGGAGUUAGCCGACUUAGACGCAAAGAAGGCCAGAAAAGGCAAACUUGGCAGAAAGGAUACCGACCGAUAUAAUAUCCUAACUGAGAAUGCUGUCAAACGGGCCGAGGAACGGGCCGCCAGAGAAUCCGAAGAGGCUGCUGCUGCAGAGGCUGCUGCCGUUGCCGAAGCUGAAGAGAUAGCUGCAAGGGAAGCUGCCGAAGCUGAAGCGGCUGCAAUAGCUGAGGAAGCUGAAAAGGAAGCUGCUGACGCUGAAGCUCAAGCGGCAAUUGCCCAGGAAGAAGAAGAGCUAGCAGCACUUGAAGCUAAAAGGGAGCGGAAGGGCAAAUUGGGACGUAAGGAUACCGAUCGACUCAACGCUUUAAUGGACAACAAGGCUGCUAGAGACGCCCGGGCUGAAGAGGAACAAGCUGCUAAAGAAGCCGAAGACCAAGCUGCUCAAGAAGCUGAAGAUGCCGCUGCAGCGGAGGCUGCCGCCGCCGCAGAGGCUGAAGAGACUGCUGCAAAGGAAGCUGCUGAAGCUGAGGCUGCCGCUAUUGCUGCUGAAGAAGACGCCGAGUUGGCUGCUCUAACUGCUAAGAAGACAAGGAAAGGCAAAUUGGGACGCAAGGAUACAGAACGAUUCGACCAACUGACAUUAAACGCCACACGACGAGCGGAAGAACAAGCUGCUCGUGAGGCAGAGGCUGCUGCCGAAGAGAUCCCUGUCGAAGACGAGCCUGCCCCAGAAGAGCCCGAAGAACCAGUUCCAGAUGCCAUAGAACCUGUCGAGGCACCAGUCGAAGAACCUCCUGAAGCGCAAGCACCUGAUCUUGACGAUGAAGCCGCUGCUGAGGCUGCUGCUAUAGCUGCCGAAGAAGAGGCUGAACUUGCAUCUCUUGAAGCAAAGAAAGCGCGCAAAGGAAGGCUAGGCAAUAAGGACACCCAACGAUUCAACUUCUUAACCGAGAAUAUCACAAGGCGCGCUGAAGAGCAAGCUGCCAAAGAAGCUGCUGCAGCCGAAGCCGUGGUUGAUGAGGUCGAAGCUGAGGAUAUACCAGAGGACGUUCCUGAAGAUGAUGAGGCUGCUGUACAGGCGGCCGCUGACGCUGAAGCUGAAGCCGCGGCCGCCGCAAUCGCCGCAGAAGAAGAAGCUGAGCUGUCUGCACUUGUUGCUAAGAAGGCUAGGAAGGGCAAGCUUGGUAGAAAGGAUACCGAGCGGUUCGAUAUUCUAACUGAGAAUGCGGCCAGGCGUGCGGAUGAGCAGGCUGCUAAGGAUGCUCAGGCGGCUGAAGCUGAAGCUGAGGUCGAAGAGCCAGUUCCCGAGCCCAUUGAGGACGCUGCUGAACCCGAGCCUGACGAGGAGCCCGAAGACGAGGACGCUGCUGCGAAGGAGGCCGCCGAGGCAGAGGCCCAGGCUGUCGCUGCAGAAGAAGAAGCAGAGCUCGCUGCCCUGAACAAGAAAAAGGCAAAGAAGGGCAGGCUAGGCCGUUCAGAUACCGAACGUUUCAAAGUUCUUACAGACAAUGCUGCAAAGCGUGCCGAGGCGCAGGCAGCCAAGGAAGCUGAAGAGGCUGCAGAGGAAGCCGCAGAAGAAGCCGAAGAGGAAGCUCAGCCAGCUGAAGAGGAGGAAGAAGAUGAUUUUGUCGAUGCCGAAGAUGGCGAGGAUGACUUAAUUGAGGAGCCUGAACCUGAAGCUGAGGAAGCUGCUGUACCUGAGGAAGAAGGUGCCGCCGCCGCUGCCGCCGCCGAGGCCGAGGCUCAAGCUGCAGCUAUCGCAGAAGAAGAAGAAGCCGAGCUGGCUUCGUUAACUAAGAAGAAGAUCCGGAAGGGAAAGCUAGGUCGCACAGAUACGCAAAGGUUCCAGGUCUUGACAGAUAAUGCUGCUAGACGUGCUGAGGAGGCGGCGGCCCGAGAAGCAGAAGACGCUGCCGCAGCUGAAGCCGAGUUAGAAGCGGAACCUGAACCUGAACCAGACAAUGAGCCCGAGCCAGAAGCUGACCAAGAGCCUGACGAUGGUGCCAUAAACGAAGUCGAUGAAGCCGAAGCAGCUGUGAUCGCUGAAGAGGAGGCAGAGCUUGCAGCAUUAACUAAGAAGAAGAUCCGGAAGGGAAAGCUAGGUCGCACAGAUACGCAAAGGUUCCAGGUCUUGACAGAUAAUGCUACUAGACGCGAAGAGGAGCGAUCUGCCAGAGAAGCUGCGGCGGUAGCAGAGGCUGAAGCAGCAGAAGCCGAUGCUGAAGCUGAAGCUGCCGAAGACGCCGAAGACGCCGACGCACAUGCGGACGAGGAAGAGGAAGAGGAGGAUGAUAUUGUUGAGGUAGAGGACGAUGAAAUGGCGGCCCGGGAAGCUGAAGAAGCUGCAAUCGCUGAGGCAGAAGAGGAAGAGUUGGAAUCCUUGAAAGCCAAGCGAGCAAGAAAAGGAAGACUUGGCAGGAAGGAUACAGAACGUUUCGCGGUCUUGGAAGAAAAUGCGAUCCGACGCGCCGAAGAACGUGCUGCCAAGGAAGCCUCUGCUGCAGCUGAACCGGAGGAACCUCCCGAAGGCGAUGAACCUGAUGAUGGGGAAGAUGCUGCAGAGGAAGAAGAGCAGGACGAGGAAGAUGCCGCCGCCGCCGCGGAGGAAGACGCAGCAGCUCGGGAGGCAGAGGAAGAAGCUGCAAGGGAAGCAGAGGAAGCAGCUAUUGCCGAAGCAGAAGAAGACGAGCUUGAGUCACUUAAAGCCAAGAAGGCCAGAAAAGGCAGGUUAGGCAGAAAGGACACAGAUCGAUUCCACAUGUUGGAAGAGAACGCAGCUCGUCGCGCUGAGGAACGUGCCGUUAAGGAAGCUGCCGCCGCCGCUGCUGUUGAUGAAGCAGAAGCAGAAGAAGCACCUGAAAAUGAGGAGGAAGAAGAGGAGGAGGAAGAAGAAGAAGAAGAAGAAGAAGAGGAAGAAGGAGAGGAGGAGGAGGAGGAGGAGGAAGAGGAGGAGGAAGAGGAGGAAGAGGAGGAGGAAGAGGAGGAAGACGAUAACGGUGCUGUUGAUGAGGAGGCGGCGGCAGCCCGGGAGGCUGAAGAGGCAGCAGCUCGAGAGGCCGAAGAAGCCGCAGCUCGAGAGGCCGAGGCUGCAGCUAUUGCUGAGGCUGAAGAAGCAGAGCUCGAUUCUCUUAAGUUCAAGAAGUCAAGAAAGGGCCGGCUCGGCAGAAAGGAUACAGACCGUCUGAGAUUCCUCGAGGAGAACGCAGCUAAGAGGGCUGAAGAACUUGCUGAGAAGGAGGCGGCUGCUGCUGCAGAAGCCAAGGCUGAGGAGGCACCUGAAGACAAGGAGGAGGAAGAGGAGGAGGAAGAGGAGGAGGAAGAGGAGGAGGAAGAGGAGGAGGAAGAGGAGGAGGAAGAAGAAGAAGAAGAAGAUGCGGCAGCUGAAGCUGAUCCCCCUGAGGAGGAACCCGCCGAAGUUGCAAAUAAGGACAUCGCUGAUGAGUCUGACGAAGAAGAGGCUGAGGCUGUUCCCGAGGAAGCGCCUGAAGAACCUGAACCUGAAGUGCCUGCAGACGACGAAAUUGUCGAAGUUGUUGACCUAUCACCGAAGAGAGAAAGAAGGAGCAGAAAGGGAAAGUCUCGACGCGAUGCUCCUCCACCUCCACCAGUCCCAGAUCCUCCACUGACACCUCCGCCUGAGCCGAAGCACUCUCGAAGACCAAAGCUUGGCCGCGAAGGGACGUCGUGGGGUAAAUGGGGCGCGACACCACGCGAAGAACGAGAUGAGUAUCCUCAGGAGAAGUCGGGCAGGCACAGAAGGCGAGAGGAGAAAACCUCAUCCAAAGGGUCGACAUCCGACAAAGUUGAGAAACCUUCCUCUAGGACGGCUGCUCUAUUUGGCAAAACGCCACUUGGACGUUCAGCUUCUACUCGCGAGAAGAGAGAUGGUCUUGGCAGCAAGCGCCGACAUUCUGAGGCUGCUCGCGGGAUUGUUUCGCCGCCCCCUGAAGAGAUGCUCAUGCAGGAGGACCCAAGCAGUCGCCGCAAAUCUCGUAAACCGCGCUCCCGCGAGGACGAAGAUGCCAUGAUGUCCGGUGCUGCACCUGUACCAGAUAGAUAUGAGCGCCGCCACUCUCACAAGACACGUUCACGUGAAGACGACGAUGUUGUUAUGGUUGACCCUGACCUCGCAAACGAUAGACGCGAGCGCCGCCGGUCUCACAAACCACGAUCUCGCGAAGAUGAAGACAUGGUCAUGCCGGAUGAUAUGGCUGUGCCUGGCCCACGCGAUCGUCGUCGACGAGACAGAAGGUCUCGAGACGAUGAACCCAUUAUGGUUGAACCUGAUGUUCCUGCUGACCAGCCUCUGCCGCGAGGCUCGAAGAAGGGCUUCGGUGGCAUUUUCAGUGGCCUGAGAACGCCCAAGAACGAACGUCCUGACCCUCUCCGACGCCGCAGUACUUAUGCCACAACUGACGAUGAAGCCCUGCGCACUGCGCGAAUGGACGGUGAUGCAGUAGUUGUUGAUGCCGACCGUGAAGCAAGACGAGCUGCACGCAAAGCCAAACGUGCGGAUCCUGAAGAAGAAGCGCGCAGAGCCAAGGAUGAGGCGCGUCGCGAGCGACGUCGACAGCGUGAGAAGGGGGCAGAUGCCCCAAGACAAGAUCAAGAUGCACGCAGAGCCGAACGUCGUGCUGCUCGACAGCGUGGUGAGGAGGAAAGACGAGCUCAAGAAGAGCAGCAAGCAGAGGAGGAAUUGCAGCGAGCACAAGAAGCCAAGGAGGCCCAGCGAGCAGAGCGUAGGCGCUUGCGUAGAGAACAAGAGGCGGCAGCUGCGGCGGAGCAAGAAGAACAAGAAGCCCGCCGAGCUGCUAAACGCGAUCGUCGACGACCUCGACAGGCCGAUGUAUCCGAGGACGAGCAUGAACGUCGCCGUCGUCGUGAAGCGAGACGGGCUGCUCGAGCUGCUGAAGAAGGAGCUGAGGGUCACCACCGAAGGCCACGGCAUGAAGAGCCACAACAGCCCGCUUGGCCCCAUCUCGGAACCUCAUCCUGGGUUAAGGAACACGUCGAUGCACCACCCCCACCAGAGAUCCCUCAAGCUGGUGAUGUCAACGGAGGACAAACUGAGGACGAUGAGAUGGCACGACGUGAAGCUCGACGAGCUCAACAUAGAUCCAAGUAUUCCGACGAAACGCCUGACGAGGCCGAGGAAAGGCGAAAGCGACGAGCAAGACGGGAGGAACGAGAGCGAGGUGGUCGUCACCGGGACAGACGAUCAGAAGGUAGUGAUGAGCGACACCAUGCCCGCCGGGCGUCGAACUUUGCGGAAAACGCAGCAGCUCCUCGCACGAGCUGGUGGAAGAAGAUCAAGGGAUGA